GAAAAAGAAAAAAACUCAACAGGGAAAAGCAAGAAAAGAAAAGGGGAAAGUAUGUCAGAAGGCCACAGUCCAAAAGGAGGUGCUGGGGUCUUUGCCAAAAGAGUCCAAAGGCAACUGAGCAGGGGCAAGGAGAAAGUAUGCUUUAACUUUCUCAAUAAAAUGCACAGCAUGAUCUCCCAAUGCCUCUCAAUCUAACAUUAGAAGAAAAGCAUAAAGGUUCAAGCCAUUAGAGGUAGCUUGACAUGUGUACAUGUAUUUUGUUCCCAACGUUUUAGGUCUUGCAGAAGUUUGGAAAGACAGUGGAGACCAAAGAUGAAAGAUUUGAGCAAUGCCUCCUAAAUCUCACUGACCAACAGGUAGUCUCCAUGGGCAGUCAGUCUCCAUGCAUGAACCAAUAACAAAUAUUAACAGAUAUUUUAUGAUUUAACAAAGGCAUGUAAAUCUGCCCCUGUAAAUGCCCCAAAUGUAUGUAUAGCCUACAGACGACUCUAUAACCUCUGUUUUGCAGAUUGAUGGGAACCGGUUAUACAAAGACCUAAAGCAUUACCUUAGUUCUGUCAAAGGUAAACAUUUGUUCUGUCUGAUAUUUUAUUUGAUUCAUUAGGAUCCCUAUUAGCCGACGCAUAUAAAUAGGUCAUUUAGCAGACGCUCUUAUCCAGAGCUUAAGUGCCUUGCUCAAGGGCACAUCGACAGAUUUUUCACCUAGUCGGCUCUGGGAUUAGAACCAGCAACCUUUCGGUUACUGGCACAAUGCUCUUAACCACUAAGCUACCUGCCGCAUAUGGCGACCGUUAGUCUUACUGGAGUCCGACACAUAACGAAAAAGACAUUACAGACAAAAUACUUUACAGUUGACAUACAUUUAAAAACAUGAUGUAUGAUGAUGUGACAUGUAUGAUGUUGUCCCUUAAUUGCAUGGUUUUCUAUAGCUUUACCAUCAGUGGUGCCCAGAGCCUGAUAAAAUGUGAUCCAUGUUGUCCACUUUUUCACAGAAAUGCGGGAAGCUUCAAAACGGCUUUCCCAGUCUCUGUAUGAUGUCUAUGAGCCGGACUGGGAUGGAGAAGAGGACCUGGGGGCCAUUGUAGAGGUCAGUCAUAGCUCCGCUGUAUUAUUAAGGAUGACAUGCAUGACCUCUCCGUUGGUUAUUAUAAUGCACAUUUUUGUAAAAAAAUUAAAAUAAACAUGAUCCUGUGCCAACAGGGUGAAGACCUCUUGUGGAAUGAUUAUGAGGCGAAGCUGUUAGACCAGGCACUUCGUACCAUGGAGUCUUAUAUGAGCCAGUUCCCAGAUAUCAGGGUAAGGGUGGAAAAUGCACGGGCGGCACACACACACACUUCCUAAAUACAGUAUGUUAUCUUUCAAGUGCAUCCUUCCUCUCCUCUAAAUCCCCAGGAGAGGGUGGCCAAACGAGGCAGGAAGCUGGUUGACUACGAUUCCUCCCGUCACCACUUGGAGGCGAUGCAGAAUGCUAAAAAGAAAGAUGAUGUCAAAAUAGCCAAGGUCAGACAGACAAAAUACCCCUGUCUACUUAAUUUGCACAGCAAUGAUCAUUUAAGCUAAGCUGCAAAACUCAUCUUAUCAUGGUGGUUCUAUCUGUACAGGCAGCUGAUGAGGUGAACAUAGCCCAGAGUGUAUUUGAGUGCAUCAACAGAGAGCUGAGGGAUGAGCUCCCUGCUCUCUAUGACAGGUAAGGAGUCAGAAGUCAGCACAGAACCAGAUAGCAGAAUGAGAUACCAUUCAAAUACAUACAUAAUCAGGUCAAGUGUCUAAUAAACUAUUUAUAUGAAUAAUGUUUUUUUCUUUUAUUUUGUUCCUGAAGCCGAAUUGGAUGCUAUGUGUCAGUCUUCACAGCCAUCACAAAUUUGCGGGACACCUUCUUCAAGGAAAUGACAACGGUAUGUGCAGUUCAUAUUAUGCUGAAUAACUGGGGUGGGAAUACACAUCCAAAAAUAACAGUAAUGUGGGGCUUUGCUUUGGUUUAUACAAAUGAACGGAACUGUUUUGUCUGCAUUUAGGUAACAAAAGUCGUAGCUCUUUCGGUUUAUAUCUAUUCUUGAACUGGUGUAACUUCCUCUCUUUCAGUUCAACAGUGAUUUGCAGAAUGUGAUGAAGGAUCUGAAGGAUCAGCAUCCAGACAAGGUAUUUGUCAUCAAGGGGUUGAAUCGGUAAGUUGGUAAGGAUCUCUCACCAGAACAUUUUUUUUUUCUUUAUUAACUUUCCAUCCAUUUGAGUCUAUCAAUGGGUUGUGGUUUGGGAUGAACUAAACAGAGAGUGUAUUAUAAAGCAUAACAGUAAUCAAAGCAAAAGUAAGUGUAUCAACAUGUAGUCAUAUCCCCCCUCUCACAUAUCUUUCAGGACUGGCUCUCUGAAUAGGCGAUCUCUCAUGUCCCCCAAGUCAUGGAAGGCCAGCUUCUCUGACUUCCAUCAGAGUUAUAGUCCAGGCAAGUCAGGCACCCUGACUAGAGACAGGUCCAGCUUCAGAUCCCCUAGUAGUCCUCGCUAUGAUGAGUCACUCACCAGCACCCCUGCAGUCUCCUCACGGCCCCUACCUAUUGAAGAGCCCUCCUCAGAGGCCAGAGACCUGGAUGCAGACUCCACCCGUAGUGAGGGUCCUACUGCAGAGAAGAAACCUGGGUCUGAAAGCAGGGAUGACACCACCAAAGAAGGGGCCUCCGGCAGUGGUCAAAAGUCAGGGGAAGAGAAACUGGCGGAGGAAGAAAAAGGCGUUAAAAAGAGAGCGUCUGAGCCUUCUUCAGACCAGCACUCCACCACAGAUAAGAAAGGAGAAGUAGAACGCCCUGCUGCAUUAACUGAGAGUACCUCCGAAGUGACAAACUCACAUGACUCAGAGAGUGUUGAGCUCCAGCUCUCGGCCAUAGACACCCCCCAGCUGACCUUAGAGAGCUCUGUGGCCCGUGAGGACUCUGGGGCCCAUGGUGUGCAGAACGGAGCGGCUACUGAUGGCUCUGAUUCUGACAUAGAGGCCACUGGGCUUGUCCAAAAGGUGAGUUGUCAGGAUGAGAUCUCACUGUAAAAAUACAGACGCAACCUUUUAUGGCCUCUCGUAUGUGGUACAUUUGAUUUACAUGCCGGUCUACUCUAAUCAAGACAGGCAGUAUAAUAACGGGAUGCCAUCGACUGCUGCUAGACCUUUUGAUCUACUGGUCAAUAACUUGUUACUUUGGUCUUUUCUUUUACUUUUAGGCAGAAAAAUUAUAUAUCCAGGAGCCAGAGGAUGUGAAAAACACUGUGGUUCAAUGAAGGAUCUCUGAAGAAAAGGUUGGUUCCUGUUUGAAGUAACUAUAAUUAUGGAUAAGUUAUGAGUUAUGGAUAAGGCUGCUUUUCUUAUUUGUUAACUGUCAAAAUGUUUUGUGUUUGUUCACAGAACUAGUUGUAGUAAUAAGGGAGAGGGGCUGAAUACUGCACAAGGGAAAUAGGAUAAAAAUGAAGAGCCUUCUCAAUAUUACAGUCGGGAAAUAAGAAUAUCUGCUGUUUCCACCAGCUGCCUAAGAUCUGAAAGCUCUUGCUUGUGGACAAUAUAUUUUCAAUAUAGCUGUUUUGUUUUUAUUAAUAAAAUGAAUGGUAUGCCUGUUUGUGCUUUGCAUAGGUUUGUGCCAAUAAUCCAAUAACUGUGUCACCCAAUUCUCUUUUAAUUUAAUUGUAGAGAAACAGCAAGUUCACUAAACUGUAAUUGACUUGAAUUGAAAUUCAGCGUUUGCAAAAUCGUAUAGAAAAUGUAAUAAAAAUCCAUAGAAAACAACAAUUUAUUUUCUGUGUGUGCUAAAUUGUACAUGAAGAACUUGGUUAUUGAUUAAACUAAUGUAUUUUUAUAAUGGUUGAGUGAUACUGCUGUAAUUGAAAAUCUCAAAUGACUGAAUGUAAAUCAAAGGAAACCUAGAGGUAUCUUUUGAUGAAUUUUGUAUUUCUAUACAAUUUCUCAUUAAAGUGAUAACAUCUCUGCCCC